AUGUGUCAACAGUUUCAUUACCCACGCCCGAAUCGAAUCAACGUGAUUGGAAAGGACUUGAUUAAUAUGUCGGUCAAUCAAAUGAAUCGACUCAUUCCCAAUGGUGGAGAUCAAAUCCAUGCCCAGUUUCAGGUUUGGCGAAUUGGUAAGGGUAGUUUUUUAUAUAUAUAGAGGAGGGGGGGGGGUGGAGAAGAAAAAAAUUUUUGGAUUUUGAAAAGUAAAAAGGGAGAGGGUGAAACAAUAGGCAGGGUAAAAUACGAGUAUUAAAGUUGGCAUAGUAAUAUGACGAGAAAGAUGAAAGAAUGGGCAUGGUAAAAUACAGGGCAGAGUAAACUAGUGGGAGAGGUAAAACAGCGGGCCGGGUAGUAUAUUGGGCAGGGUAAAAUGGUCUCUGUGGUAGAAAAAACAGUGGGUAAGGUGAAGUCUUGUAAGGUAUGGUAGGAUAGGGAAGGGUAGGGUAGGGUAGGGUAGGGGUAGGAUAGGGUAGGGGUAGAGUAGGGUCUGGUAGGGUAGAGUAGGGUACGGUAGGGUAGGAUAAUGCAUGGUAGGGUAAAAAUACGGAAGUAGAGCCACGAAUAAGAGGGUGGGGGUGAGUUUGGUAAGGGGGUAAAAAAAUUCUAAUGCCCUGCCCUGCUAUUCUUUCUUGUUCCUACCCAGCUCGACCUUGCCCCUCUUUUCUUUCUCUCUUCCCCCCUCCCCCCCCUCCCUCACUCCCUUCUCCUCCCUUUCUAUCAGGUUUUGCUUUUACCCCUCCCUUAUUCUCCGUUACCCUUCUUUACCCUACCUAACUCUUCAUUACCUUUUCUUACCCUACCUUGCCCUCCUAUCUAGUUGUAAUUAGACGUAGACGUAAUGACUCAUGCCAACACCUGAAAAGAAGCUAUUGUACCUUCUUAACUUUCUAACAGAACCUUCCCCCCCCUACUCCAAUUAAGGGUACAGUAAGGGUAAAGUAAGAUUGAAACCAGCCCACCCCAAAAAAAAAUUUUCGAAAAAAGUUGAACGUGGCCCCCCUGUGGAUUUUUUGGAAAAAAAUUUUUUCGACCCCCGCCCCCCAGAACAAAAGUCCCCGCCCGGCACUGAUUGCAACGGUCAAUAAAAAAAAUUUGAAAAUGAAAAAAUGGGUGCAAAAUGCAAUAAAAUUUCAAAAAAAAUCUCAAGGAAAGGGCAUGUAACUAUGUGUUUACAAACAAAGCUGCUUAUUUCGAGGAAUUUGGUUUACCACAAAUGUUCGUAUGUUUGUUUUGAAUAUAGUCGUUAUCACUUUUCGGCGGUGACUCAUCGGAAUGCGAGGUUUAGCAGCUUAUUUUUAGAGUUUUUAAUGGGUUUACGGUAGGCGUGGGUUAGGGUCGUUAAAGUCUGAUUUAGGCCGUUGGGUUGUUUUCAGUGGAGAGAGAGAGAAAAGGGUAGGGGGGGGAGUAGUUUUUGUUAGAAGGUGGGGGAAGGGGUGUAAUAAUGUUUGUUAAAAGGUGAAGGGGGUGUGGUAAUUUUUAUUGGGGGGGGGGAGAUCAAAAUUUUUGUUUUAUUAGCAGGGGGGGCUUAAAAUCAAAUUUUUAAAAAAAUUUUGCAUGAGUCACCUCCCUCCCCUUUGACACCUUUCCCCCGCUUUUUUUCACUUUGCACCUCCCCCCCCUUCCUUCUCUUUUUUGUCUCUCUAAUUUUGUAUAUUACCCCUACCUUAUCUACCCUAUCUUAUCCAACCCUUCUCUGCUUUACCUUACCCUACACUACUCCCCCCCCUCCCCUCCCACUCAAAAACAAUUUAAAAAAACGUUUGGUAUUGGCACCAAAAUGUCCAAAUUUGAGUACCAAUAGUACUAAAGUCCCCAAAAAGCAAGUACCGAAGCCUUAGAAAGUUUAGUGCCAAGAAAAUGAUUUUUAAAACUUUGAUCACAUCGACUAGAACGUUAGGAUUGGGCGUGUUAAGCACAAUUGUUUGCCCAAGUUUUUACCGUAACUCGCUGAUUAGGGUUAUCAGUUAAUAAACAACUAUUAAAUUGGGUAUAUAAGCCUUUGCGAGGUUUUUCAGCGUUAGUAAUGAUUGUUACAAGGUUGAUUAAAUAUUCAAGUAUUGAGUUACUAUAGUAUUCUACUUUUCCUUUACGUACAUGGGUAAAAUUAUAAGCGUUGAAAACUCAACUUUGUGGAAAUGUGUCUGCAAUGCAAUCGUAGGUAGCCUAAAUUAGUAAAAAGUGAACCCUAGUCUUAGCCCUAGCCUAAGCCCUAGCAUAUUCCCAGGAACUAGCAUUAGCUUUCAGCCAUUAGCCUUUAGCCUUAGCUUUAGCUUAGCCUAAACCUAAGCCCUAGCCUUAGACUAAGCUCUAGACUUAGACUAAGCCCUCGCCUUAAACUAAGCCUUAGCCUUAGACUAAACCCUAGCCUAAGCCCUAGCUCUAGCCCAAGCUUUAGUCCAGAGGCCUAGCCGAGAGCCCGAGCCUAGAGCCCUAGCUUAGAGCUCUAUUCCUAGUACCCUAGCUCUAGCCGCAACGCUAAAUUUGGAGUUUGAUCUAGUUUUAGCCUAAACCCUAGCCUAAUCGUAAGCGUUAAUUCUACCUUAAACCUAAGCUCUAGCCUAAGCCUUAAAUUAAACUUUAACUUAAAUUCCUACUUUUAGACUAAGCCACGGUUGAAUUCCUAACCAAAGCAUAAGCCCCUGUCAUAGCUUUAGCACAAGCAGUUCCAGGCUUAGUCUAAGUCCAAGUUUUAAUAUAAGCCUAGUGUUAAUUUGUGUUCUAGUUUUACCCAUAGUCCUAGAACUAUCUGUAGCCUUAGAUUUCUUUUUCUUACCUGACCCUAUUUACUCUUAAAAAUUUAUCACCCCCCCCCGCCUUUUUAGUCCUUUCACUUUACCUGCCCUCCCCUCUCCCUUCCAUAUAUUGAUUUAACAGUCAAUAUUAACAAUUAACAAGCCCUAAAGCUAAGUUCAUUUUAAAUUUAAAAAAAUAAUUUGACUUUUUUCAGCCUUCGACUCCUACCAAUCCCAACACCCAUGCCAGCCAACCACCGCCACCCCCACCCAUCACAACAUGCACAUGCCCAUGUCUACCUCAUUAAUGUCCACACCGCCGCCCGUACCCACCGCCACCGACUUCCUCAACACCUACAACCCGGACGCCACGCAGAACGGGUUCUACAACAACAUGAACAAGUUCGGUGAUGACAUGAACAACAUGACCAAGUUCAGGGAGGACAACAUGAAGUACAACGAGAUGGCCAAGUACAACGAGCAGAACAAGUACAACGAGUACAGCAUGGUGAAGAACGAGUACUACGAGCAUAAUCAGAUGCCUCAGGAGAUAUACUCACCGUCAGCCAGCUCGUCGGAGAGUAUAACUGAUGACGAGACUCAACAUGAUCUACAGUUUGAGCAUCAUGAAGGUCAGGGGCAGGUUCCGAUGUGUGUACCUCAACAAAUGGUAGGGUUUUGGGUUGUUAUUUUGGGUAGGGUAGAGUUUGGGUUAUAAUUUGAGUUAGGGGUGGAUUGUAAUUUAGGGCAAGGUUAGGCUAUGAAUAAUGGGCCGAGCUUAUUUUAUAGUAGGGUAGGCUUUAGGGCCAAGUAAGGCUUUGAGCACAAUGAGGUACAGGAGACAAGAGAAUCUUAGGUACGGUAGAGCUCAGGGUAAACUCGAGCUUUAGGUACGAUAGGUUCUUGGAUGCGGUAAAACUUAAGGUGACGGUAGGGGUACGACAUAGCUAAGGGCAUGGUAGUGUAUUAGUUACGGUAGUGCUUAAAGUAUGGUGGGACUUUAGAUACGGUAAAGCCUAGGGUACGGUAGGUUUAAAGAAUAAUAGAGCCUAAAGUACAGUAGGGCCAAGUGUAUAAUUCCAAAAUACGGCAAGGCUUUCGGCACUAUAGAGCUAAGAGUACGUUAGAGCCUAGGGCACAGUAGGGCCUAGGGUACGGUAGGGAUUAGGGUACGGUAGGGCCUAGGGUACGGUAGGGAUUAGGGUACGGUAGGGCCUAGGGUACGGUAGGGAAUAGGGUACAGUAGGGCCUAGGGUACGGUAGGCCUUCGGGUACGGUAGGCCUAAGGUACGGUAAAGCCUAAGAUACGGUAUAACCUAGGGUACGGUAGGGCCUAUGAUAGAAUAGGGCAAGGUUAUAUUUUUGAUCUAAAAACUUAAUUUUAAUUAUUUCAGAUGAGCUACCAACAGCAAUGUCAACAACGUUUCUCGUACAUGAAUGUGACUCCACAGCACAGUCAUUUUCAACAACCUAACUUUAUGCAACACCAUCAGUUUCCAGCGCCAGCUCAGCCCGAUUUCAACGCCAAACAAGGCAUAAAUCAAGCGAAUAGUGGUCGGACAGUCCAUUUAUGGCAUUUUAUCAAAGAAUUACUCGAGAAUCCAACAGAAUACAGUACUUGUGUACGAUGGGUGGAUCGGGAGGAAGGUGAGAUUACACUACUCUAUCUUACUUUACCCUACCAUACCCUACCUUACCCCACCCUACCCUAUCCUACCCUACCUUACCGUAUCAUCUCCUACGGUACCCUACCCUUACCCUAUCCUACCCUACCUUACCGUAUCAUCUCCUACAUUACCAUAAGCCUUAACACGUCUUAUGCCCUACCGUAUUCUAGGUCUGACCGUAUUUUUUCUUCCCUAACCUCUGCCGUAAUAUACCCUAGACCUUACUGUACCCUAACUAGGUUCUACCGUACCUUUUCCUACAUUCCCCUAUGACUAACUAUCCAAACGUAGGCCCUAACGUCCCCUAGGUCCUAUCGUACCCUAUCCUAAGCCUUACCGUACCUUACUCUAGGCCCCACCCUAACCUACUAUAUAAUGCCAUAUUAAUGUUCUCACUUCCAGGCACAUUCAAAAUCGAGUCCUCAAUGCAAUUGGCACGUUACUGGGGAAUCCGAAAGCAUCGUGAGAAGAUGAACUAUGACAAACUCAGUCGUUCACUUCGACAGUACUACAAGAAGGGCAUAAUUCAGAAGCCGGAGAAGAAGCAACGUCUGGUCUACAAGUUUCUGCCACCUUAUAGUCAUUGGCGACCACAGCUGAGCUAG